ACUUUUUUUUUCCAGGUGGGUGGGAUUUUUUGAGAGGCGUUGCCGCACACCGAGUUCAUCAGGAUUAUACUCCAUCUGCUAGUCACACAUUUUCAUACAUUGCGCAUUUUACCGCUGCGUACGCCGCUGCAAUUGUCAAAGUUUACGAUAUUCGAAGAAAUAAAGGUUUUGCCAUGGCCAACUACAUUCACGUACCCGACGAGGCUCCUGCUGUGCCUAAAAUAGAUGUGACAGUUGACGAGAGCGACUACAGACACGGUGCACUGAAACUGAUCAAGGAGCUGAGACCGAGUUGGAAGCCAUCCGAGGUCAAAAUGAAGUUUUUCACUGAUGGAAUAACCAAUAAGCUGCUGGGCUGCUAUGUGGGUGCAGUCAUGCAGGAUGUGGUUCUGGUCCGUAUUUACGGCAACAAAACAGAACUGUUGGUCGACCGGGAAAAUGAGGUGAAAAGCUUCAGAGUACUACACGCACACCGCUGUGCCCCACGCCUCUACUGUACCUUCAACAAUGGCCUGUGUUAUGAAUUUCUGCAAGGAAUUGCCCUUGAGCCUGAACACAUUCGCAGCCAACCUGUUUUCAGGCUCAUUGCCAGGCAGCUGGCCAAGUACCAUGCCAUCCAUGCCCAUAAUGGCUGGGUGCCCCAGUCUGACCUGUGGCUGAAGAUGGGCAAGUACUUUGCUCUCAUCCCCAAGUACUUCAAGGACCCUGAGCGGAAUGUCAGGUUGAGCAUUGAGGUGCCCAGCCCACGGUGCCUCCGAGAAGAGCUGGUGUGGCUCCAGCAGAGCUUGUCGGUGCUGGGCUCCCCUGUAGUUCUCUGCCACAACGACCUGCUCUGCAAAAAUAUCAUCUACAACCAGGCAGAAGGCAAUGUAAAGUUCAUUGACUACGAAUAUGCUGGGUACAAUUACCAAGCCUACGACAUUGGGAACCAUUUCAAUGAGUUUGCUGGCCUGAAUGAGGUGGAUUAUAGUAACUACCCAGAACGGACCUUUCAGCUACAGUGGCUCCGCUCCUAUUUGGAGGCCUAUAAGGAGCACAAAGGCCAGGGCAGUGAUGUGACUGAUAGAGAAGUGGAGAUUCUCCAUGUCCAAGUCAACCGAUUUGCCCUGGCAUCUCAUUUCAUCUGGGGUCUCUGGGCUCUGAUUCAGGCCAAGUUCUCCACCAUUGACUUUGACUUCUUGGGAUAUGCAGUCCUGCGCUUCAACCAGUACUUCAAGAUGAAACCAGAUGCGGCUGCGCUGAACUUACCUGAAUAAAAGCCCCCACCCCCUGAUUUUUCUCUUCCUUAUGAUGUUCCUCCCAACCAACCUGCUCUGUGCCACGUAUGCCGACAGCCGACUGUCCUCUAGGGGUCUGUGUAAGGAAGAGCCAUACUGAGAGUCAGUCCUGUUCAGUGCCUACAGGUCCCCUCUACUGUCCUCAUCUCUAGAGAUCAAAUGGGCCACAGUCUUAUCCAUUAUCUGCAGUCACACCUUUCUUAACCAGGAGCCUGCCCAAAUUUGUAGAAUGGGUGUGUGAAGGACUUGAGACCUGCCAUAAUGUGAAGUUCACAUGGCUAAAUUUAUUGUGGUCAUUUCAGUUAUUCUAAUAUCAACUAGGAUAUUAAUAUGAUGUCAGUAUAUGUGUUUGUAAGCAACUUUUCUCAUAGCUCAAAUCACUAUAAACAGUAGGACAGAGAUGCAAUUUCACCAAAUUCACAACCAUUACAUAGCAACCACCUACAUGACUGACCGGUGGCUCAAACACUAUUCUGUUUGUCUGGAGACACCUUCCUUAUAUGCACAUUCAUGGGGAAAACCCUCUAGAGCCAGCUCUGCCAAUGACGAAUUUUUUUAACGACAUGAUAGAAAUACAAAGCCUGCUUUGUUUACUAAGGAACCAAAAUGAAAAAAAAGCAUGCUGAAAUGGAAAGGCCAAGUGCUGUCUCUUAAUCCCAUGUGAUAUGAGCCACACCAUCAAAAAAAAAAAAAAAAAAAAAAAA